GCGGUGAUGGGAGCGGUGGGGACGAGGCGGCGGCGGCGGCAGGAGGAGGAGCAGGGGCUGGCACAAGAGCAGCGGCUGGGGGCGCCCAGCAACGGCAGUAACAGCCGCAGCCGCCGCCGCCGCCAGUAAACGCGGACGGUGCCCGAGGGGACUGCCCAGCCGGCCGGCCCUCGAACCCGGCUCGGGUCCCGUCGCAGUCGGGCGGCGGGGGAUGGGCAGGCGGCGGCGGUUCCGCCUCCUGAGGGCUGACCCCUGCUGGUCCCGGCCCUGAGCCGACCCCGAGCCCUCCGCCCGAGAUCCCUGCCUCCGCCACGGCCCAGUUUAAAUGGAAACCGCCCUCGGGAGCUGGAUGCCUGUGUAGCUGUUCUGCCAUAUCAGUGAAUUGCAAUGAGUGGGGGAGGAGAGCAGCCAGAUAUCCUCAGUGUUGGAAUCCUGGUCAAAGAAAGAUGGAAAGUGUUGAGGAAGAUUGGGGGUGGGGGCUUUGGAGAAAUUUACGAUGCCUUGGACGUGCUCACGAGGGAAAAUGUUGCACUGAAGGUGGAAUCAGCUCAACAACCAAAACAAGUCUUGAAAAUGGAAGUUGCUGUAUUGAAAAAAUUACAAGGGAGAGACCAUGUUUGUAGAUUUAUUGGCUGUGGGAGGAAUGAUCGAUUCAACUAUGUGGUCAUGCAGUUGCAGGGUCGUAAUCUGGCGGAUCUACGCCGUAGUCAGUCCCGGGGUACAUUCACCAUUAGCACUACUCUUCGGCUGGGCAGACAGAUUCUGGAAUCUAUUGAAAGCAUCCACUCCGUGGGAUUCUUGCACAGAGACAUCAAACCGUCGAACUUCGCCAUGGGUCGCUUUCCUAGUACAUGUAGGAAAUGCUAUAUGCUUGAUUUUGGCUUGGCUCGACAAUUUACCAAUUCCUGUGGUGACGUCAGACCACCCCGAGCUGUGGCAGGCUUUCGAGGGACAGUUCGUUAUGCAUCAGUCAAUGCUCAUCGGAACAGGGAAAUGGGAAGACAUGAUGACCUCUGGUCUUUGUUCUACAUGGUGGUGGAGUUUGUGGUUGGUCAGCUGCCUUGGAGGAAAAUAAAGGACAAGGAGCAAGUAGGCUCUAUUAAGGAGAGAUAUGAACACAGGCUCAUGUUGAAACAUCUCCCUCCAGAAUUCAGCGUCUUUCUGGACCAUAUAUCAUCUUUGGAUUAUUUUACAAAACCAGACUACCAGCUUCUUACCUCCGUGUUUGACAACAGCAUCAAGACCUUUGGUGUGAUUGAGAGUGACCCUUUUGACUGGGAGAAAACCGGAACUGAUGGCUCCCUGACAACCACCACCACUUCUACACCUCCUCAGUUACACACCCGCGUGACCCCUGCCGCCAUCGGAAUUGCCAAUGCCACUCCCAUUCCCGGAGACUUGCUUCGAGAAAAUACAGAUGAGGUGUUCCCAGAUGAACGGCUUAGUGAUGGGGAGAAUGGCGUACCUGUUGGUCUGUCACCAGAUAAAUCUCCUGGGUCUCUGGGACACCCUCGUCCCCAGGAGCAGGAUGUCUGGGAAGAGAUGGACGCCAGCAGGAACAAGAUAAAGCUUGGGAUUUGCAAAGCUGCUACAGAAGAGGAAAACAGCCACGGUCAAGCAAAUGGACUGCUGAACGUUCCAAGCCUUGGUUCACCCAUUCGGGUCCGUUCAGAGAUUACUCAGCCAGACCGAGAUGUUCCUCUGGUGCGAAAGUUACGUUCCAUCCACAGCUUCGAGCUGGAAAAACGUCUGACCCUGGAGUCUAAGCCAGACACUGACAAGUUUCUUGAGACCUGCCUGGAGAAGAUGCAGAAAGAUUCCAGUGGAGGAAAAGAAUCUACCCUGCCUGCUCUGCUUCAUAAACCUUGUGUUUCUGUUAUGUCCCGUAUGGACCACGUCUGGCAUUAUGAUGAAGAAUACCUUCCAGAUGCUUCUAAGCCUGCCUCUGUCAACACCCCUGAGCAGCCAGAUGGUGGUGGCAGCAAUGGAUUUAUAGCAGUCAACCUGAGCUCUUGCAAGCAGGAGGUCGAUUCCAAAGAAUGGGUAAUUGUAGACAAGGAGCAGGACCUUCGGGAUUUUAGGACAAAUGAGGCUUUAGGGCAUAAAACAACUGGAAGCCCUUCUGAUGAGGAGCCCGAAGUGCUUCAAGUCCUGGAGGAAUCGCCUCAAGAUGAAAAGCUAAGGUUUAGCCCUUGGGUAGAAAAUGAUCACUUAAAGAAGGAAAGCUCAGGUGUGCUCUUAGCCCUUUCUGGAGAGUGCCCUGUCACUGCUGCUUCAGAACAGUAUACCGACAGGCUGGAACUCCAGGCUGGAACUGCUAGCCAGCUUAUUGCAGCGACACCCACAAGUCCGAUGGAGGCACAAGCAGAAGGACCCCUUACAGCGAUUACAGCUGCUAGACCUUCUGUGGCAUCUACACAGUCCACUUCAGGGAGCUUUCACUGUCAGCAGCUAGAGAAGAAAGAUCUUCAGCCCAUGGAGCCCACUGUGGAACUUGACUCUCCAAGGGAGAACUUGUCUGGCUUGGUUGUGACAGAGGGUGAACCUGCUAGUGGAGGAUGCAGAACAGACUUGGGGCUUCAGUUAGAUCAUAUUGGUCAUGACAUGUUAUCCAAGGAAGCUCCUAUUAGAGAGUGUGACAGAUCCCAAGACCUGGCACAAAGAGACCCUCCUGACCAUAGGAGGCUGGUUGUGAAAGAAUUUGAUAGUCUCCCUGGAGAAACUGAAGAGAAAAGCGUUCUUGUAGGGUCAGAUAAUGAAGAUGAGAAGUUAAGUAAAGAGCAGUGUUGUGUUGAGAUCUCCCCUCUCCCAGGAGAUUUGGUAACUGUGGAAAGGGAUCAGUCAGCUACUACCAAACCUCUCGAUGUGACAAAGACACAGACUUUUAGUGUAGUACCAAAUCAAGACAAAAAUCAUGAGAUAAUGAGGCUUCUGGCAAUUGGAACUUCAGAAAUUUCUCCAAGAGUCAUUGACCCAUAUGUUGAGGGACAGAUGGGCCAGGUAGCAGCCUUGCAAAAAAGUAAGGUACCUAAGGAUGACAACAUCAAGAGUGAAGACUUGCUGGGUCAUCAAGGAGACCUCUCUAUUUUUUUGCACCAGGAGGGUAAAAGAGAGAAAAUUGCUCCUAAAAAUGGAGAGCUAUUUCAUUGUGUUUCGGAGAAUGAACAUUAUUCCCCAUCCCGGAAGGAUGUGGUUAGGUCAUCCUUUGUAACUAGACACAGCCGAAUCCCUGUUUUAGCACAAGAGAUAGACUCAACUUUUGAAUCAUCUUCUCCAGUCUCUGCAAAAGAGAAGCUCCUCCAAAAGAAAGCUUAUCAACCAGACCUAGUCAAGCUUCUGGUGGAAAAAAGGCAACUCAAGUCUUUCCUGGGUGACCUCUCAAGUGCCUCUGAUAAAUUGCUAGGGGAGAAGCUAGCUACUGUUCCUGCUUCCUUUCCUGAGGAGGAAGUCUUCACUCCCUUUUCAAGACUGGCAGUAGACUCUCACCUGAGCAGGUCAGCCGAAGAUAGCUUUCUGUCACCAAUCAUCUCCCAGUCCAGAAAGAGCAAAAUUCCAAGGCCAGUUUCAUGGGCCAAUACAGAUCAAGUCAAUAGCGCCACUGCAUCGCAAUUCUUGCCUCGACCACCACCAGGAAAGCCGCCAACUAGGCCUGGAGUGGAAGCCAGGCUACGCAGAUACAAAGUCCUAGGGAGUAGCAAUUCCGACUCAGACCUCUUCUCCCGUCUGGCCCAAAUUCUUCAAAAUGGAUCUCAGAAACCCCGGAGCACUACUCAGUGCAAGAGUCCAGGAUCCCCUCACAACCCCAAAACACCCCCCAAGAGUCCAGUUGUCCCUCACCGAAGCCCCAGUGCCUCUCCUCGAAGCUCUUCCUUGCCACGUACAUCUAGUUCCUCGCCCUCUAGGGCAGGGCGGCCCCACCACGACCGGAGGAGUUCACCCCCACAUCUGGGGAGAAGCAAGUCACCUCCAAGCCACUCAGGCUCUUCUUCCUCCAGGAGGUCCUGCCAACAGGAGCAUUGCAAACCCAGCAAGAGUGGCCCAAAAGGACCCGGCAGCUUCCACCACCACUCGGCCAGCACUAAAACCCCCCCAGGGAAGGGUAAGGCAGCCAGUAAACUUAGCAGGUAGGAGCCGGGCUGCACAUCUGCAAGCUGUGAGGUCCUUCUCCUCAGCCUGAUGCAUGUUGUAUCCCUGUACUGUCUGUUUAAAAAAUCAGUGUUGGUCUUCACUUGCAGAAAAAGUAACAUGAUAAAUUAUUUAUAGGAAGACAUAAAUAUGCGAUAAGGAAUUAUCUGAGGCAGGCAGCAAGCAGAUCAGGAAUCAAGGGGCAACCUGGCAAACCCAAGGGGGAGAAACUCAUCAAACGAGCUUCAUUUUUUAUCUGCCUUUAAAACAAGAGUUGAGGGUAGGAGAUAAAAUGGAAUUUUAAGGGAUUUGGCCCCAUUUUUUAAGACUCUACUCAAAGAUUAUAUAGCAAAAAUGAAACUUAUUUUAAUAUUUUCAUUCAAAACAGACAACCUUAGAGAGUCAGGAUUGCUCAGAUAUUAGAGUACGUGUAAGAAGUCUGGGCGGGGGCCACUGCUCAUGUAUUUUUGACUCGUGAGUUUAUCUGGUAUGUUGAGAAUUCACACCUUUACUUUGCCUCGUUCCUAGUACCCUCCCUGGAUUUCACAUUUUAAAGUUAGUGUUUCUCGCCUGAUCCACUCUCUCUUCUUUGAUUCUAACAAUACAUUCUGAUGGACUUUCAGCAGCACAUGCUGGGAAUUUCAAAUCCAGCUACCUUUUUUAGUCCCCUGAUAUUUUUCUUGGAGCAACAUUUCUUAACCCAGUACAUUUUUACUUAAAAAAAUAACAGAAACAUAGGUAAAGAAGAGAAAAAGUCUCAACAGAGGCACUUCAUAGGCUUUAGCGCUUUAGGGAGAGAGGGACAGAGUGUGGAGAAAUGCCCUUCAAGGUAGAAGAACCCUGCACCUUCUGCUACGUGUCUGCUCGUGGAGGGAAACUGGCCAGAGUAGACCUGGCUUCCUGAGCUCUUCUGGGUACAGAUUCUUUCCAGUGCCAGCUCCAAGGUGACACCAGGGAAACACAAAGUUCAGAGUAUGGCUUUAUGCGUUUAGAGAGCUAGAAAGAAAGAAAUUAGCUAUAUUGAGGCCUAUAAUCCUCAAACUGUGUAUUUUAUACAUUUAGCCAAUAAGGAAUGGAUAUCUGAGGAAAUAAAUUUAGGCUAAAUAUUUAUCUUGAUGUUUGAUUACCUGCUUCUCCUGGGCUUCAGUUUGAAUUCCAUGUAAUCUCAAUUUAGGAAGCUGUGAUGGGGAUCUGAUUGGUUCUCAUCUCACUCUUCUGCUACCAGGAAUCAGGCAAAAUUAAAUUAUACCAGACUUUUAAAAUGGUCUAUUUUGUAUUCUCUAGGUGUUUUGUGUUGUAACCACCUUAUUACGGUCAGAUCAAUUGGUCUGGUUGCUGUUGAAAUUUGCCUUCUAGCAAACAUCUGUGCUUUCUCUUUGACCUGUGUUUGCUGCCAGUCCUAACACGGUUAAACGGAAAAAAAGAAAAGAAAGACGUUUCCUUACCAAGUGAACAUAUUCUAAUGCUGCAUCAAAGCUGCCCUGAAGCUGCACUGAAUUUACCUUGUUCUCUUUAUCUGCGUUGAACUUUUUAAAAAACAAACUCAAAAUACUAUCGAGGCAUAUACAGUCUCCCCUAAGAAAUGUAGCAUAGUGUGGGAUUUCAUUUCCCGUUUCACACACCGCAGAGGAAUGCAAUAGAUAAGACAUGUUUGCUAUUUAACUUAAGCAACUGUAUUAUUGGGAAGCCAAUCCCUCUGUAUUAUAGUGUAGAAUAGUUGCUAUAACACUACUUGCAUGUCUUCGUAAUUAUAUAAAUAUUUAUAAAUAGAGAGAGAGACAUAUGCUUAUAUAAACUCAUCCUUUCUCAUUCUCCCUUAUGUUGUGUGCCUCGUGUACACUUGGGCCUUGCCGAUGACCUUCAUUUUCUGAAAAUAUAUUCCCGGCAUGUGACGCCUCAGAUUGUUCUUGCCUUCCCGUGAGCAGUGCAAGGGUUGGCAGACCUUAACAAGCCAAGCUGUGUUAUUUAAUUUUCACUUACAGAAGAAUUUUAAUAGGGGGGAAGUUACUGGGACAUGCUUGUAAUACUGGUUCAGAGAUAUGUCAUGUUAAUCACAUAGUUUUGUCCUUACGGUUCGAGUGGAUAAACUGGGAUGAAAAUCAUGGAUCUGACAUAAUGAAUUUUUAAAAAUCUCUUAAAAAUUGUCAUUCUACUACUUUUCACCUGUUUUCUUGGUGGUGGUGGGGUAUAACCUACAAUUAAGGAAUGAUCUUUUUUUCUUGUUGUAUUAGCUAAAUUGUACUAAAAAUAACCAGCUUUAAAUCCUGGCCCCUAUAGUCAGAAAUGUGCUGACGCAGCUGUAAUUGUGGUCUGUGUCUGUGAUUUUAUUUCUCAUUGGCAAUCAAGACCAACAGCCAUGGCAGUGUGGCAGCCGAAUGUUCUCUUUCUUGGUCCCUCCCUUUCUUCUGCCAGUCCCUCCACUGUGUUGCCCCCUAUUGCUAGCAUCGACAAACUCAUUAAAAUCCAGAGAUAAACAGUCUCGUUAUAUAAUAGUAUUUUAUUUUACAUAUAGAGGAAAGAGCUAACCAAAGAUGUUUCUGCUCUGAUACUUUAAAAAGAAAACAUACUAAUUAUAUCUUAUGUAUCAAUAAGUCUGCUCAAAAAUAGUGUCCUAUAUAGAGUUUAUGGUUUUUUAAAAGCCUGGCUUGUGCUUUAGAUGUUCACUGUCUCUCAGGCUAAAUGGACAGGUGGCAGCCCUGAGCGAAGGACUUCUGGCAUAAGGAUUUCUGUUUUUUUUUUUUUUCAUUUUAAAGUAUGAUGUAGAGAACGUUUUCUUUUUCUGAAUUAUCCUUUAUUUUUUAUUUAUUUUUGGUGUUUUUUAGUAAUGGCAUAUUUCCGAUUUAAGUGACAAACGUAGAUCAUUCCAAGUAAUUUUAAAGCAGUUUUGUUAUUCUGCUUAAGAGGAGGGGCUGGCCGUCAAUCAGAAUCAAACCCAACUAGACUAGUAGUAGUCUGGGGCAGAGCUUAGACCUUCUUCUGAAGGUCAGGGGCUCCUGUCAAAGCCACAGAGCCACCCCUGCCCGUGCCACCCCUUCUCUAAUCCGUUUGUCUUCGACUUUCUUGAAUUUGGCUCUGUAGACAAUACAGUAGCAGAAUAGUGAUUUAUCUAGGUUUUCAUUCAAAAAGUAUUUCAUACGAGAAGGAAUUGGAUGGAGCAGAAAUUAGAAUUAGUAACAGGUUCAAUCUUUUUAGGUAGUAUUCUUCCUGAAUUAUGCUGCCAAAGCUCCCGGGUCUACGAAUUUGCUGAAAUAUUAAAUUUCCACAUAGUAAUUUUUUGCACAGCUUAAAGGCAUUUAAUGUACUGUGAACAGAGGAGGACGGUUGGGCCAUAUCAAAUGUACCCUUAAAGCACAGAUUAUAAACAUCUUUGAAUGGUGAGAUUUAGGCAGACACUAACUCUUAAUUCUGGUGUGCCAGCUGGCCUUGUGACAGUGGCAGAGAGUUACAUGUACUGUUUUUUAAGUUGCAUGUUGUGAAUUGUUUUGUAAAAGUUGCCAAAUUAAUCAAGCCCUAAAUAAGUAGCAAAACAGUACUUGAGACCCACUGUAGUCAUUAUCCACCUUAUAUUAUUUGCUUUAAAAUACUAAACAGAUGUCAGCUGCUUACUAGUAUUCAGUGGGCUAGAGUGUGCCAUCUCUUUCUGUUUAGCUCCUAGCCACUGGGCGGACUUGAGAUUCUUCAGUGGUCGUCAGAAAUUCUUUCCAGGGCACAGGUUUUUAUGCUCAUGUUUCUACGGCUGCAUUCAGUCUACAGGGAAAAGGUGCACUUGGUACAUGUCUUAUAACCCAGACACAGAUGGUUAAGGCCACAGGUAGUUCUUCUGUACCAGCAGCUGUGAAUUAAAAACAGGUGCUUUUUUUCCACAAGCAGAGGAUUCUUAGUUCUGGGAACUACAUUCCUUACCUAACAUUAGAAAUUGGUGAUAGAAACAGAAUCCAGAAUUCAUAACUUAAUGGCCUAGGAAAAAGAUGCGUCUUACUCUGGCUGCUUGAAAAUAUGUAGUUAAGUCUAGACUAAGUGUUGGAGAUAAAACUUUUUCACAUUUUAAAAACCUUUUUUCAUUCCUUUAUAUCUGUCAAAACAUGGCAUACAUUAGAGAACCUUUUCUUGGUUAUGUUCCUGUAUUUUGGAAUUAAGUUGCUUGCACCCAGUCUUUUAAAAGCUGCCUGUUUCCGUCUGUCUGCAUUUCUCAUGGAUGUGUUGGCACUGUGCCUAAGGAGACAGACUGGUUGAGGACAACUGCAUUGUUUAACUUUCUUGAGUUUGGCUCUGUAGACAAUACAGUGGCAGAAUAGCUACUUAUCUUUGUUUUCAUACAAAAUAUUACAGGAUUAAGGCGUGAGGUUCAGACAUGUUAAUAUGUAUCCAACUUGAGAAACCUGAGGUGCAUAUUUAGACCUUAAUUUGGAGAAGGGAAUAAGAGGCAGUUCCAGUCCUUAGACAGUAUCAGGGGAUGUAGUGCAUGGAAAAUCCCAGGUUGUCAGGAUACCCUACUUACUUGUCGUCAUGUAGUGGAAGCCCGGUGUGUACCUUGAGAAUGUGGGAACAGAGUAGAAACCAAUAUGAUUGGACAUUCACAGUACUUUGGCUCUUCCCUGGAACUGAGACGUCUUGGGAGCCUGUGGAACCUUGCCCAGCAUUGCUAGGUAGGACCUGCGGGAGGUGCAGGGGAAUUCCUGUAGCUCUUAGGUGACUCCAGGACAUGCGACGAGGUCCUCUUCACGGAAAUGAGAAUUUGAUGUUGCACACCUCAGUCCCUGGCUGGUCAUGGAGUGGUGAUGUUAAAGUCUUCACGCAUCAGGACACUUGCUAAUUUAGUUGUGAUUGUCUCUCUGUGAAGCAGUUUCUGCUCCUACUUUUAAAAUACAUCAACCUGAUGUUUACCUAUCCCCCUUGAGAAAAUCUGGAUUAGAAAAAGAAUGUGGUGAGAUUAGGGUCACUUUGAGGUGACACGUAACUUCAAGUCACCAAAGAGCAAAAAGUAACAUUUAUACAGUAAUGAUCUGAAUAUUUCCCGUAGGCGUUGCUGGAUCCUUGUUCUUAAGGAUGCGUGUAAAAGAGACGAAGCCUUUCUCUCCAUUGCCCUGUGAAAGCUCCCAGAGUAACAGGUUUCUGCCUCCUCUUUAAUCGGAAGUGUUAGCACGGGCACAGUGUGUCAUCGGUGAUGCUGACCAUGCCUCCCAGACACCCUAGGCCAGGCCAGUGGGCUCACCUUGACUCAAAAUAGGCUCUUCUGAGGAGAUCUUUGAGCUCUUGUGACUAUAGGAUUUGUUGAUCACAUAAUUUUACUCACUAGUGAUUGACAGUAGGUUAAUACCGUGUCAGAUUGUGUAAUUGUUCACUUACCUAGCUAAGAUGGACUACUCCUGCCAUAUGAUGCUUUUCCCCCCUUAUAAUGUGGAAUUUAAAUCCAUAAAAAUUCAUGUACAGCACUUGACCAUAUCUGGAGUUUCUCUGGGUACUCCUCACUCACCCACCACAAGGGUUAAACACGGCUUCCAGAGCUUGAAUGUGAUUUAUUUUAGGGAGUUUUCCAGGGACGGGAAAGCCCUGGGAACUUUGCCCAAAAGUUUUUUUUUUUUUUUAAACAGUUCACCAGAUAAAUUAAUUCACUAAGCAGAAAAAGCAUUCAGAAGUACAAAGAUAAUAAGAAGGCAAUGGAAAUAAGAAACUGUGCUAGUGGGGCUCUGAGAUUGGAUUGGGUGGUCUGAAUAAAGAACAGAUCAGACAGCUCAGGCUUGAGCCCUCGGCACUUCUCGCUGAUACGCAGUUCCUUCCUGGUCCUCCUCCUGGCGCUUUUCCUAGGCCUAUUUCAUCUGGCCAUUUACUCUAUGUUCCUAGUUUUGUAGGAAAAACGGGGGAGGCGGGAAACAACUAGUUUUGAAAUAGAGAAAAACCUGAGAAAUUAAAAACUAUUGGCAGCUCUUAAAUAAGAUUCAGCCACAAUCCAGGAGAAUUCUCUCUUGUUGAGCAAGACCACUGAGUUAAGACUAGAUGAAUUUAAAAAUCCCACUUCUUCUCUACCCCUCUUUUCAUGAAAUCAGAAAGAUGAGACACUGCUCUUUGAAAUACAUCUAAAGGUAUUGUGUUGUGUCCGUUUCCCCUCCAAGCUGCCCCCUUUGUUCGCUUUUGCUCAGGCAACCAAGGACACAGAGUAUCGGCAGAAACGUGGAGUGCUUUUGUAUAGGCCGUCUGUACAUAAACGUGUAAUUAUUUAUUUAAUUUUCCCAUUUGUAUCAUACUAAAGCUUUGUACAGUGUUUUAAGUUCUGUUUUAAAAUUAUUUUGUAUUUUAUUUUUAUAAUCUAGUAAUAAAAGAUUCAUUCCGCAUGCAAACUCUAGGUCUAUUUGUGUGAUGGUUUGGAUUUUAAAAGUGGGAAGUAUUUUUCUAAUUAAAAGAAAAGUUACUGGAUGCACCAGAAGGUACAAGAUCAACAGGAAGCAGAAAAUGUUACUAUAAAUGCAGGAUCACACCCAGCAGUGACCUAGAAAAGCAGCACUGGACUAAAUAGAAACUAGGUGCUCAGCACCCUGCAGGUGAAAACCAGGGUGUAUGGAAAUGAGAAGAUGGCUUCCCUUGUAAUAAAAUGGGAAGUGUUAAAAGCUCCUUUGAGUCCACCCUUCUAUCAGUGGUGGAGGCAUUUUUUCCUUCUCCACAGGAAACACCCCUCGUACCACUAGAGUGCUUCCUGCUCCCCGCCUUUUUGCCUGGGACCUUCCUGUGAAUCCGAGGAAGUCUGUGAGACACUGACAUGGGCACAGCUUCCCCCUCCUGGUUUGACCUAGAAUGUUAGUGUCAUCUCUUUUCUGGGCCUUUCUUGAUUUCUCACUAAGCAGCACCAAUCAGCGCUGUCUCCCGUGUUUUUCAAAAUAAGGGAGAUUAAGAAAGAAAUCAAGCUCCCAGAAACUAAUUAUGAAUAUGCCUACUGACAUCUCAACCGCAAAAAGAGCUGAAUUAAGCUGAUGUAAACCCAUUAUUAAAACGUGUAAAGGAGCGAGUCAGUGUGCAGGUUGCGGGCUGGGGAUUAUAAAAAGCCGCCCUGCAGGAAAACCUGUGGGUACCACUUGGGCCUAGGGAUUGAAAACCCUGCCACUGAGAAAAAAAAAACAUGGUCAAAAUGAGAGGCUGGGCUAAAUUUCGUGACUCCUUUAGGGCUUCAAAAAAAAAAAAAAGCCGUUACCGUCGAGUCGAUUCCGACUCCUAGCGACCCCGUAG